AUACUGACUUGACAUACUUUCUCCUACUAGUUGCAUCAACAAUUGAGUCACACUCUCUUCUUUAAAUCGAUUUCUCCUUCUCCUAUUCAAUCCAUCACAAAACUCAAAUACCAUUACUUCACUCAAUCUCACCCCUGCAGCUCUGGGUGGCCUUACUAGCAAAUUUUCUUCUUGUCCAUUCAACUGGUUCACUUGUAUUGUGCAAAGCACUUAUUUGUCUUGAACAGCUUUACUAUCUAUUCAAGAAGGCUUGUCAACUGUCUUCUGACAACAGCUGGAAGAGUGCUUCAUUGGAAAAUGAAUGGCAAAAAGGGUAGUUUUCACUUUCAGAUCAACAUUCCUUCUAUUACCAAAGGUAAACUGCCGGAAACUGAGCAGCAGUCCGGCAACCAGAGCUUCUCAUGGAAAGGCUCGAUUAGGAAUGUUUGGGAAUUUUGCAAAGAGGAUAGCAACAGAGUAAUAUUCUCAUUUAAAGUGGGCCUUGCUGUUCUUCUUGUGUCUUUGCUCAUACUAUUCCAAGCACCUUAUAAUAUAUUUGGCACCAACAUCAUCUGGUCCAUCCUCACUGUCGCCAUCAUGUUUGAAUACACCGUCGGUGCAACAUUUAAUCGAGGAUUUAACCGUGCACUUGGAAGCUUGCUUGCGGGGAUCUUAGCCAUUGCUGUUGCUCAGUUGGCCUUAAGUGCUGGUAGAGUUGCAGAACCUUUCAUAAUUGGUAUCAGCAUUUUCCUCAUUGGGGCUGUCACAUCUUUCAUGAAGCUAUGGCCAUCCCUUGUGCCAUAUGAGUAUGGGUUCAGGGUCAUACUUUUCACCUACUGCUUAAUCAUAGUUUCUGGAUAUCGGAUGGGCAACCCAAUUAAAACAUCCAUGGAUAGGCUCUAUUCAAUUGCCAUCGGAGGGAUUGUAGCAGUUCUAGUCAAUUUGUUCAUAUUUCCUAUAUGGGCUGGUGAGCAGUUACAUAAGGAGCUAGUUAAUAACUUCAAUUCAGUGGCUGACUCACUUGAAGAAUGUGUUAGGAAGUAUUUGGAAGACGACGGAUCAGUUCAUCCAGAGUUCUCCAAGACUGUCAUGGAUGAGUUUCCAGAUGAACCUGCUUACAGGAGAUGUCGAUCAACAUUGAACUCCUCUUCAAAACUAGAAUCCUUGGCUAAUGCAAGUAAAUGGGAGCCACCGCAUGGCAGGUUCAGACAUUUCUUCUAUCCAUGGUCAGAAUAUGUUAAAGUUGGUGCAGUUCUACGAUAUUGUGCAUACGAGGUUAUGGCACUUCAUGGUGUUCUUCAUUCUGAAAUUCAGGCCCCCUACAAUUUAAGAAACACGUUCCAGACAGAGAUCAAAGAAGCGACAAGCCAGGCUGCAGAGCUGGUUAGAUCCUUAGGCAAAGACAUCAGUAACAUGAAGAAAGCCCACAAAACCCCUCUUCUACUAAAAAGGGUUCACAUCUCAACCGAGAGACUCCAACAAGCUAUAGACAUGCAUUCUUAUCUCCUCACAUCCAAUUACGACAACCUUGAUAACUCCUCCAAGCCACUCCCUAAGCUCUCUCACACCCUGUCAUCUACACUUUAUGACCUCUCAAAUCAAUUUCCUGAGCUUGAUAACACCACUCUUGAACAGAACUUGAAUCCACCUACCCAAACCACACCAUCCGGGACACUUCCACCACCACUGGCAGAGUCUUAUCAUGAGACAAUGAGGAAACAAUCAAGAAGGCUCCAUUCGUGGCCAUCCAGAGAAGUGGAUGCUUUUGAAGAAGAGGGAGGCUUUACUGCAGACUUUAUUCCCAGGAUGCGGGCGCUAGAAAGCACUGCAGCACUGUCGCUUGCCACAUUUACUUCAUUGCUUAUUGAAUUUGUUGCUCGGCUCGAUCACUUGGUUGAAGCAGUUGAUGAGCUUGCUAAGAUGGCCAGGUUCAAGCAUGAGGUUCUAUAAAAGAGGGGAGAACUACACAUACCAAAUUUGAUAAUACUAGUUGUGUACAAGAGAUACAUUGAAUAAGAAAAAGAAAGAUAAAAUUAAAAAAAAAAAAAUUAAGAAAACUGAAAGAAAAAAAAAAAAAAAAAAAAUUGUAAGGAGUGACCCUGAAAAUCACCAUCGCGAACCAGAAAUAAAGCAUUAAUUCUUGAAAAAGAGAGUGUUGUAUUGUUUUGAGAAUAACAUGUUCUCAAGGUAUCGGAUGCUCCACAUAGCUAAUUAGUUCUUCAAUGAUACAUGAAUGAGACCAGUGAGCUAUGUCACUCAACAUUAAAGGUCAUUACUUAGUGUUGCGCACACUAAGGUUUGGAUACAAAUCUAACCUUUGGACCUUCAGACUCGAACACCAGUUCAGAAGUUUGCCCCAUCUUUUACCACUGUUCCAGUUAAUGGUUCCUUUGUGAUCUGGUACUGUUACAUAAAAAUUAAUGAGAUUUUGUGCUGCAAUACAUAAAUAAUUGAAUAUGGCUGGUACUUCCUCACCUUCCAAAGUAGAAGAUUGAGAGUUCGAGUAGUUCUUUAUAAUGUUGAAAGAACUAUUUACGUUUUUUUACUUCGUCACCCAUGAGAGUAAAUACCAUAUGGUGUAUUAAGGGGAAAAAACUAUAUGGUGUAAUACCAAUUCAAAAUCUAGGAGAAGCUCUUUCUAAAUGCACACAAGUUAAAAUGGUGAUGACAUGGCUGAAAUUGUCAUUUAAAGCAAUGUCUAAUUCUAUGAUGAGAUGAAAUGUUCUCAGACAUCAAGGAAACCAUGAUACCAACGGGCCUGUGGUCUAGCGGUACAAGGCUCCUACUUUCCGAAAGGAGGUCAGGGGUUCGAACCUCAGUGGAGGCAGUGUGUGUGAGUCCCAAUUAAAAAAAAAAACACAUGCUAAAGCAUUUACUUGUUGAAAGAAAAGGUUUAAUUGAUUUUCCUCUGCUAA